AUGGAUGCUCAGAGCCAACCCGAUACCUCCCGUCUCUCUCCAGGCGAGAGUAAUGAUUCAUCUCAAGCAUACCCGUUAUCUGGAUAUUACUCUAUGAUAAUGGAUUCUCAGCCUCACUACAAAGGCCAAGUAUCGACUGCACGAGCGGCCUCCAUGCGAGAAGGUAAACCAUCAGCAUCUAUGCAAGAGGCGAAAACGCCCCAAGAAAAGAUGGCUAUUGUAUUCGGGACACGACUCGCUGGCCCAGGUCGUCAAUCCCGGUAUAAUCCUGGGGAAAUGCCACCGGAGGCUCAAUGGAAAACAAUCAAUGGUGUCGCAAUCCCACCGCGUCCCGAGGAACCCGACAAUUGCUGCAUGAGUGGCUGUGUACACUGCGUUUGGGACGACUUCCGAGAUGAGAUGGAGGAUUGGGCCGGUCGAGUUGCCCUGGCAAAGGCCAAGGGCGGUCCCUUGAAGGGCACGGCAGACAUGCGCGCGGCUCCUCGCGCCGAAGUAGGCUCCGCUAGUCAAAGUAUGGAUGACGAUGGCGGCGGAAGCGAUGCAAACUGGUCUCCGCUCAACGAGGACGAAGAUCUAUUUGGAAAUAUCCCGGUUGGUAUCAGGGAAUUCAUGAAGACGGAAAAGAAGCUUCGCACCAAACGUCAACAGGCGGAAGCUUCCUAG